AUGUCUUCCUACUUGCGGGGCUCCGCUAAUUACGUCUGGUCCACGACCAGCAUUUUAGGUAAAGGGGCCACAGCCACCGUCCACCAAGGCGUGAAUAAAGUCAACGGGGAGCCCGUGGCGGUGAAAACAUUCAACCACAUCAGCACGCUUCGACCGCAGGAAAUCCAAUUGCGAGAAUUCGAAGUGCUAAAAUUGGUAAAUCACGAGAACAUCGUUAAACUCCUCGCCAUCGAAGAGGAGCAGGAGAAUAGAGGCAAGGUGAUCGUCAUGGAAUUGUGCACCGGUGGAAGUUUGUUUAAUAUCCUGGACGAUCCCGAGAACACCUACGGAUUAGAAGAAUCCGAAUUCCUGUUGGUUCUGGAGCAUUUGUAUAAAGGAAUGAAGCAUUUACGAGACAAUAAUCUCAUACACAGAGAUUUGAAACCCGGUAAUAUAAUGAAGUUUAUUCGUGACGAUGGUACUACGAUAUAUAAAUUAACCGAUUUCGGAGCUGCUAGGGAACUACAAGAAGGCCAGUAUUUUCAGUCUCUAUACGGAACAGAAGAAUAUUUACAUCCCGAUAUGUACGAAAGAGCCGUUCUAAGAAAACACGCCAAUAAAACCUUCGGUGCUACCAUAGAUUUAUGGUCCAUAGGAGUCACAUUAUACCAUGUAGCUACUGGUAAUUUACCGUUCAGGCCUUACGGAGGCAGAAGGAAUAAGGAGACAAUGCAUUACAUCACAACCAAAAAGACCAGCGGAGUCAUUUCUGGUAUCCAAGCGAAAGAAAACGGGCCGAUAGAUUGGAAACACGAAAUGCCCGAUAAUUGCCAGUUAAGCUACGGUUUGAAAAAGAUCAUUACACCUCUUCUGGCCGGUUUAUUGGAAGCCGAUCACAACAAAAUAUGGUCGUUCGAUAAGUUCUUCAACGAAGUCGAUGUGGUGCUCUCUCGAAAAGUCUUCAACAUAUUCCACGUGAACAAAGUUCAACUCAUCAAAGUGUACGUGUUGCCCGAGGAAAAGUACGAGCACCUCCAAAACUACGUCAAAGAACAAACCGAAAUAGAAGAGGCCAAUCAAAUUCUGAUAUACCAAAACAAUUUGCUGAAGAGCCUCGUGGAGGAUUAUACGUUAUCGAGCGGUUACCCCAAAACCACCAAAGAAGAUCCGCUGUUUUUAUUCAACAAAGAAGACAAUAAUGUUACUGUAGAUCCUUAUCAGGAAUUGCCGAAGUUCAACGAAUUUUCGUCGGUGAUGUCCGUCGAAAACGACGCCGCUCAAGCCAAAUUCGCCUGCAGCAUCGGCCACCAAUGCAAGAGAUUAAUCGAAAAGUAUUCAUUACUAAGCAAAAUCAUCCGAGACUCCGUAGAGUAUUUCACCAAACACAAAAUAUCGGAAUUGAGCCAGCUACACCAGGACACCCAGCACUUGCUCGAGAAGACUUCGAUACUAAAAAAAACCUCCGAUAUCCUCCAGCUAUCGCAGGAGAUGAGCAGCUACAAAAACAAACUAAACUUCUCCAAAAAACUCGAAGAAAUCAGCAAGUACUUCAUCACCGUAUCGGCCGCCGAGGUGACGAAUUUACACAAAGCCCAGUGCAUCGAUAACACGCUGAAGCUCCAAUGGGACAGCACCAGCAGGGACUUGAAGUGCCCCUACAAGACCCGGGCACCCGCCAGAGCCAAAGCUCAAGUCGAGCACCUGCGGGACUCCUGGCAGCAUUUGGUGCGCGAUAGAGCCACGCGGAAUUUGAGCUACAACGACGAGCAGUUCCACAUAUUAGAGCGGAUCAAAAUCACGCAGACUCUGAGCAGGCUCAAAGGGCUGUUCGAGAAGGAGGCGUUUCCGCAGUACAAGGACCUGGCGGAGAAUCUCGGCGAUUGGUACAAAAUGGCUCAAAAUAUUCACCUCAAAUCAGAAAUACAUGAACAUGAUGUUAGAAGGUACGAUGCGAAGUUGGGGGACUUUCAAGAGGAGUUGAACAUCGAGAACGGGGAGUAUACGGAGUAUUUGAAGUCCAACGGUAAAUCGAACAAUUCCCCGAAGAAUAUUAAAAUUAAGAAGAUUAAGAAAUUGUUGACGAAAGAUAUCCUGAUGGAAUGCGAGAGUACUAGGGAAGUGAUCAAUAUGAAUAGCGAUUUGUUGCAGAAACUCAACGAACUGACUUUGAAAAUUGGAAAUAAUACUUCCAUUAAUACUUACAAGGAUACCGGAUGCGCGGAUUGA